UUGCGCCUUUCUUCACUUUCGGUCAAGUCUAUGCGCGCAUUGAAGUCAUCGCCCCCGACCGUCUUCUUCUUCUUCUUCUUCUUGUUGCUCAUUUGUUCCACUGUCUUCCUCUAAUCUCACCUCGCUUCACCCUUUGAGAGCUCAAAUGGCGAUCUGUGUUCUUUCCGCCACUAGUCUCUGCUUGAUUGAUCGGAGGAGGAGCUUCUUGGCAGCUAGCAAUUCCCUACGGUCACGGCGGCGGCGGCGAUCGAGUAUUGUCUGCAACUCAGAGGUAGAACGGCGGGUUAUUAGAAGGUGCUCACCCUUUCUAGAGGGUGUAACAUUGAAGAGCACCACUAAUUUGGCCACAAAUGAUUGGAAAGUAGUUCCAGAUAUUUGGAAGUCAUCUGCGGACAAAUAUGGUGAUAGGGUUGCCCUUGUGGACCCUUAUCAUGAGCCAACAUCAGAGAUGACCUACAGGCAGCUUGAGCAGGAAAUUUUAGACUUUGCUGAAGGCUUAAGGGUUAUUGGAGUUGUCCCAGAUGAGAAGCUGGCAUUAUUUGCUGAUAACUCCAGCAGGUGGCUAGUUGCAGAUCAAGGGAUCAUGGCUAUGGGUGCAAUUAAUGUUGUACGUGGUAUGAGGUCAUCUGAUGAAGAAUUGCUUCAAAUAUACAAACAUUCUGAAAGUGUUGCUCUUGUUGUUGAAAGUCCAGAAUUUUUUAACCGUCUUGCGAAGUCUUUUAUUUCUGAGGUGGAUAAAAGAUUCAUUAUUCUCUUAUGGGGUGAGAAGACAUUACUAAAUAGUGGAAGCAUUAAGAAUAUUCGAUUGUUUGAUUACAAGGAGAUUAUAAAGUUGGGUAAAGAAAACCGCGAUUUGUUGCUCCAAUCUUGUGUAGAAGGGAAAGACGAAACAUAUGAAACCAUCAGCCCUGAUGAUGUUGCUACGCUUAUGUAUACAAGUGGAACUAGUGGCACACCAAAAGGUGUCAUGCUUACUCAUAGAAAUCUUUUGCAUCAGAUAAGGAACUUGUGGGAGAUUGUGCCUGCAGAACCUGGUGAUAUAUUUCUUAGCAUGCUUCCAUCUUGGCAUGCAUAUGAGCGUGCUUGUGAAUAUUUCAUUUUCACCUAUGGGAUCGAGCAAGUUUACACAAAUGUGAAAAAAUUGAAGGAAGAUUUGAAGCGAUAUCAACCACAGUACCUUAUUUCAGUUCCACUCGUUUAUGAAACUCUUUACAGCUCAAUCCAGAAGCAGAUAUCUUCAAGCUCUGCAGCUCGGAGAUUUAUAGCUCUCAUGCUAAUCAAUGUCAGUUUGUUAUACAUGGAAGCAAAAAGGAUUUAUGAGGGAAAAUUUCUCCUGGAGAAACAGACGAACCAUCCUUACAUUUUUGUGUUUCUUGACUGGUUGUGGGCAAGACUUGUUGCAGCAACUUUAUGUCCAUUACAUAAUCUAGCAUUGAAGCUAGUCUAUAGUAAAAUUCACUCUGCAAUUGGAAUAUCAAAGGCUGGUAUAAGUGGUGGUGGAAGUUUGCCUAAUUAUGUGGACAAGUUUUUUGAGGCUAUAGGGGUGAGGAUACAAAACGGCUAUGGUCUAACUGAAUCUUCCCCAGUACUUGCUGCUCGGCGACCUGCUUGCAAUGUUCUUGGUACAGUGGGGCACCCUCUUAAUCACACCGAAAUCAAGAUCAUAGAUGCAGAAAAUGGUGAAGUUUUACCAGAUGGCUUGAAAGGCAUUGUCAAAGUCAGAGGCCCACAAGUUAUGAAAGGUUACUUCAAGAACCCAUCAGCUACAAGUCAAGCCUUAGACGGCGAGGGUUGGUUGAACACAGGUGAUAUAGGUUGGAUUGCUCCAAAAAGCUUUACUGGUCGCAACCGGGAAUGUGGUGGGAUGCUUGUUCUUGAGGGUCGUGCAAAAGAUACAAUUGUUCUGACAACAGGUGAAAAUAUUGAACCAUCAGAACUAGAGGAUGCUGCCUUGAGGAGUAAUUUAAUUCAACAAAUUGUGGUCAUUGGGCAGGAUCAACGUCGUCUUGGUGCUCUCAUUGUUCCAAACAAAGAGGAGCUUCUAGCAAUGGCAAAGGAAGAUUCACUCUCGAGUGAUCCUUCUGAACUUAAUAAAGAUGAGAUAAUGAAUCUAUUACAUCAUGAACUCAGCUCUUGGACGUCAGGUUGCUUGUACCAAAUAGGACCCAUUUUGAUUGUGGAUGAGCCGUUUACGAUUGAAAAUGGACUGAUGACCCCAACAAUGAAAGUGCGAAGGGACAGAGUUGUCGCCCAAUACAAGGACCGGAUCGCAAAACUCUACCAGUAAAAUAUACUUCACAGGUCCUUUCUGUUUAUGAUGGCAUGCACGUAACAAACUUUUAGUGUUGUGCACAAUAUCUAUGUGCAUUGCUUCAUAUUAUAAAAAUAAGUGGCUUCUCACUUAGAAGGCAUAGUAUUUUAUGUGCAUCGCCAAAAUGAUAUAACCAAUAAUAUGAGUUAUUUUUCUUGCAA